AUGUUCAUCAAUGCGGUUCUUUUUGGAGACGACAAAGGUGAGUAAUGGUGGCACCAUUCCAAUUGUACAAACUGAUUUAAGGGAUGAACAAAUUUAUGGCUGGAACGGUCACAAGUUAAUUGUAAAUAUUGAAGAAUGGAAGUAUAUCGAACACAGGCACAUGCAAAUGCAGAGUUUUGGAAAGCAAUUCAACGUUUCAGAAUUUUGGUUUAAUGGAGGAAAAAUAUCUGAUAGUUCAAA